GGAAUUCUGUUGGUAAAGAUAUUUGGGCAACAAAAUUUCCUCUCUAUACAUUUUUGUGAAGGAAAUUCCAUGGAUUUACAUAUUUGCGUUGAUAAACUAUAGUUAUUUUCGCACUAGUUUCAGAUGGAGACGGGUUUAUGGGGUUUAGGGGGUCUCAAGCCGACGCCAAAACAAAGAUACAGAACAAAAAUCACAACUUGGAGAUUGCAGAGAUCUCAAAGUAUGCAACAACAACUCAUCUGUUAUCUUGGUCCAAGAAUUCUGGGCUGCUCAGCAUUCUGAGAGUGAACUCUUAGUUUAUAAUGCCAGAAACCUUGAGCUCAUGGGUUUCACUGAUUCCCGGUUUGAUGCUAUUGGCAUUGCUUCAAAACUAUCAUAUAUGGAUUUUGGAGAUACGGUUAACUAUCAGGGCUUUGCCAGACUUGGCAAACACCGCGGCAUUUGCUCACCACAGUUCACAAUAGUGAGGUCACAUUCAGAGGCCCAAGCUAGUUAUUACACGUUCAUAUCCUGAGCCAAUCCACCAAGAUUACCAUAAAUGGAUGGAUUCAAAAAAUAAAUAGAUUGCCUUCUUAGGCUUAAUGUUGUGCAGUGGGGAUCAUAUAAAUGGCCGGUCAUUAUCAAAGCGGAGGUCCUAUAUGUGUUCACUGCUCGCUGCUUGAAGGAAACGUAUUAGGUGGAGACAUUCAACUGAAUUUGGCUUAAGUUGCACUCAGAACAUUGUAUGUCAUAGAGGUCAUUCCAUAAAAAAUGAUGUGGAAUGGGGACCGUAGACAGAGUUUACGUAUAUUUGCACUUGAAACACAGAAGAAGCAGCAAAAAGAGAACCAGAAUCUGAAUCAGGGAAAAAAGGUUGUCAUUAGACCUGUCCAAGAUCUGUUUGCUUAUACAUGAGUCUCAAGUUCCAAAAAUGGCUGGUAGUACUAGUACCAAAGAUCAUCAGACAAAUGCUGCUGUUAUGUCAUCUGGAAAUCCUUCACCAGAAAGAAGCAAGCUUCAACUGUUGCUUGGUAAACUGAAAAGGAGAGAUAACAUACCUCGGAGCCAGUAAAUGCAGAAGAGCAAAACUCAAUGGAGGAAGCUACAAAGCACCGCAAGAAUUUGAGCAUGAUGCAACACUGGUAUGGAGCAAUGCUAUGCUUUUCAACGAUUCAAGUACCCUUUAUUAUAAAGAGGCUCGUUUGAUAAGAAAUCUAGCGACGAAGUUGUUUAAUUCUUUGAAAACAGACCCUGAGAGCUUUGUGGAAAUAUCAAAAUCUGGAUGCAGAGGUGGAAGAAGAUCCAAAUAUUCUGAAGUAGAUCAACGCUAUACCUACCGGCCUCUGAAUAAAUUGCUCAAUUAAAAUGAGUCAAUAACAUCUACAGUCUAUCUCAGCCCACAAGAACUAGUGCAGAAUAAGCAGAAUAGUACUGGAUACACAGAAAAACCUGCUGCAGUUUGUUAAAGAUCUAGGGCCUACUGCUAAUACAUUUGCAUGUUGGAAGUUACAAAGGUAUGCAGAAGAAGCGGCUAACGUGGAAAGGAUAUUGACAGCAGAUCAAGACACUUGGGGUUUCCACUUUAUGAAUGCCUUACUUGGAUAUGGGAGUUCUGAAUGGGACACAUACAGUAACCUCAGGGGAAAACCAGUUCGAACUAUGCUUGAUCAGGACAAUGGGAAUUCUGACUCUACCAGAUCCUUAUUUGGAAGUUCCAACUUAUCUGCUCAGGGUACAAGCAUCCACUUCAGUGGAAAAUCUGUCUGGGGCAUGCCUGAUCAAAACUCCUGUUGUUCCUUCAUCGACAAUCCCUCAUUUGGAAAUGGAUAUUCUUUUCCUUCUACAUGGAAAAGACAAGUUGAAGCCGACAACUUAUAUUCAAGUGCUUUUGACUAGGGUAAGAAUGUCCAAGUAGCUAACAUAUCUUCUUUAGAGCAGAAGAUACCGGCUGCAAAAGGUUAUGGUUCUUCAUCUUCUUCGUCAGCAGCAUGGCUUUUCCAAUUUAUGUCUGGAGCAACUCAGAGCCCAGCCACUCACACAAGUUAAUCUAGCAAUGUGGAGGAGGCAGGCCAAGACUGGAAACGGUUCAGGCCAACAGAGGCACCACCACAGCCUGUUUCUAGCCGGCUGUUCCAGCCGCAAUCAACAUCGGCUGGGCCCUCACAGUGGGGAGACAUUGGUGCAUCAACCUCUAACGCAAAGCCUAUAAGGUUAUGAGACAUAGAUGAAUGGCUCCGAAACCAUUAAGAAUCACAACUCCUAUUGCUAGCUAUCACCUGAAAUCUCCACAGGGUACCAACAUGGUGCCAUCUGAUAUUACUUUCUAGACUGAGGAUUUCAUGAUCUGUUUUCAUUGAUGGUUCCUUCUUUAGCAUCUCUUCCUUUCUUUAGACCAUUGUGAGGGCUUUGAUUGAUAAUCAUUGACAUUGGUGGAACCUCAGUAUGUCGUCCUUUCUUCAGAAGUCAGAACAUAACAAACAUGGCCUUGACUGAUAAAACAGUAUUGGUCAUAUAACAUAUGUAUGAGACCAAACUACCCCUUAUCGUUUAAAAGGGUAAUAUGGUGAUUAUUCCCCCACACAUUAUCAUCCCCACCUCAUUGGAGAAACAGCCUUCAGAGGAAGAAAUGGAGGCUGCGACGCCCAUGAACAUAGUAGAGGGUCAGUCAUGCAAGGCUAUGGAGUUAAAAUGGGUAAGUUCCCGAGGCAAAACCCAACUGCAAAACAUGAAAACACCUUCAAAAUCAAAAGCACCAGCUACACUUCAAGCGUCAGUCCCUGUGUUCAUAUCCACAAACCCAUCUCACGUAAAACCAGAUGAUCUCGUUGAGCUAUACAGCGCCUGCAAUCUCAACGGCCACCGAUUCCCGGAGUACGUGGACGGCGGAGAUGGCUUCCGUGUAGUUGAAGGUAUUGAUGUGAACAAGCUACGUGUGGCUCUCUCACACAGUCAAGUCGUGGUCUCCGUCUUCUGCAAAGCAAAUGAUGUAGUUAGCAAAACUUCAUCAUCAUUUUCGCAAAAAAAUCGACAGCAGCAGAAGAUUACGGAGGGUUUAGGAGAAUUGUUUGAGAGGGUGGUGAUGCCGGUGACACCAUUUAACAGUCAAUUGGUGGGUUUUGGCCGAGCUGUUUCUGAUCAAGGAUUGACAGCCUCCAUCUACGAUGUUAUGGUUAUUCCUUCAUUGCAGGGUAUGGGAAUUGGCAAGAUGAUAGUUAAAAGAAUCACAAGAAUACUCACAAGUAGAGACAUUUAUGACAUAGCAGCCCUUUGCUCAGAGAGUGAGAGCUCAUUCUUCGAAGCAUGUGGUUUUGGAGAUGACAUUCUGUGCUCCACAGCAAUGAUGUAUACAAGGACUGCUGGUGGUUCAACUAAUAAUCUCGAAGAACAACGGAUGGUAACACGCGCAGGUCGAAAGCUAUUGUUAGUCCCACCAUUUUUGAAGACCUUACCGUACUCCAAGUCCAAGACCACACAAUCAUCUUAAGCAUCAAGAUAAGAAGUGUUGUGUUUCUGUCAAUA